AGUAAGCUAGUUGGCCGUCCAAUUAUUUAAACAUCAUCCGCGCAGUCGCGCGAGUCUGUCUCAAUGCUUAACCAUCGGUUGUGUACCGGCAUUCAGCAAGUAAAGAUUAUCAGUACUAGUCAGUGGUCUCUUGAUCAGUGAUAUUGCCUGACGCUGCCUCUGUCAGCAGUCUGUCGGACGUAUCGAUAGAGUACACGAUGUUAAGUAUAUUUGAACCACUUCUCGACAUUCCGGUUGUCUACUACGGGGCGCUGCUGGGCGUUGGAUUUUGUAUCUACUAUCUUUUUGAAGUAGUUAAAACACCGAUGCUAGUAUGCGCGAAUGGACCAUUCCGAGAGUUUCUAGAAGAACAUGUACCUUUGGUGAGGAAUAAAUUUUGGCCAACCUUAUGGUGUUUCGAAUCAAGGGCACAAACAAUUAUAGCCAGCAUUCUUAGAUCUCGAAUCUUGCCACCAAUUUACUAUCGCAGAGAGAUUCUGACCUUGUCAGAUGGAGGUGAAGUGGCCUUGGAUUGGGCAGAAGAGGGAUGUUCUGCUGUUUCGCCAAUUGUGAUUAUUUUGCCAGGACUCACUGGUGCAAGUCAAGCGGAAUAUAUUAAGUGCCUUGUCUCAUCCGCGAAAAAAGUUGGGAUACGAUGCGUAAUCUUCAAUAACAGAGGGUUAGGAGGCGUAGAAUUGAAGACUCCACGAACAUAUUGUGCUGCAAAUAGUGAUGAUUUAACAGAGGUUGUUGACUAUGUAAAGAAGAUUCAUCCCAAUGUACUUCUUGGAGCGACGGGAAUCUCAAUGGGAGGAUUAAUUUUAGGCAAUUAUUUAGCACGACAAGGAAAAAUAGCCAAAAAUAAAUUGAAAGGAUGUUUCUUGAUUUCUGUGCCAUGGAACGUAUUUGCCGCGACAAAGAGCACAGAAGAGAAUUAUUUUAACUUGAUUUUAAAUAAAUAUUUAGCCUUUUCACUUCGUCAACAAGUAAAACGCUUGCAUUAUUCUUCGGAAAGUGGAAUGUUCGAUGUUGACAUUGAUUCUCUUCUUAAAAGUCAAACUGUAAGAGAAUUUGAUUCACAAUUUACGGUAAAACAAUUCGGCUAUAAAGAUGUAGAGGAUUAUUAUUCCAACGCAACUAUACAUGACAAAUUACAUUUGAUUGACGUACCAUUAUUGUGUCUUAGUGCUGCGGAUGAUCCAUUUCAACCAGUUCAAGCCAUACCAUUGAAGGAAAUAUCACAAACUAAAAAAGUAGCUGUUGUUGUAACAUCUCGUGGCGGACAUAUUGGUUUCAUGGAGGGUAUGUGGCCGGUAAAAGAAGAACAGUAUAUGGGUAAAUUAUUUUCACAGUUUUUUACCGCCCUAUUCACUACUAAUUUAGAGCAUCAAUUAUUGUGACGAACUUAUAAACUAAAUAUCAAAUACAUUCACAAAUAUCAAAUAUCAAAUAUUUCGUUUACAUUCGAGUAUUGUAUAAAAAUUAUCACGUGCCAUAAUUGAAGAUUGGAUAUGGAAAAGGUUAUGAGUAAAAUAUAUUAUAUUAUAUUAUGAUGAAACUGAUUCAUCUUUUAUAAUAUAAAACUUUUUUUUAUGUUAAUAAAUAAUAUUUUUAUUUAUUGAAAUAAAGAUAUCAGAAUUUAGUAUAUGUAAAAAAAUUAAUUUUUAUAUAUUUUAUCAAUAAAUAAUAUCUUAAUGAAAAAAUUCUUUUACAUAUAUAGUUUUUAUUACAUCCAGUCUUCAAUUAAUCGUGUUCAGGGUAUUGCACAUAUGUGAUUUUAUUAGUAUUAAGAAAUAUCAAAUUUUCAUAUCGCUUUUACAUUAAAAAUUGUUCAAUAAUUACCUUUG